CCCUUUGUUCUGUGUUGUUGUUGUGCAGCGCGUGCGGUGGGCCGGAGCACUUUACUAUACUACUGGUGGGGUUUGCUAGAAUUCCAGGAGCUGGGAGGGGAUAACGAGAUCCCUGGCUGCUCUAGCUAAACAGUCAACAGGCGGCCGCACCCUUCUCGAGGGCUCGCAGACCGUGGCCUCGCUGCCGGCGGAAGCGAAACGCUGGCCGGCCAGAUCGACCUGUGAGACGGGGGCUGGGAUCUGCAAAGCCCAAGACCUCAACGUGCACAGCACUAACCUGUCAAUACUUUACCGGAAGACGACCCCAUUCACUGUUUUUGCGUAGUAUAUACGGAGGUGUACUGGCAUGAAGCUGAGACUAAAACUCCUCGUCUCAAUCAUAUUGAUCGUCACUGUGUCACUUCUUGCCGUCCAAAACGGCCUCCUCCUGGUGCUGAGUUCGGAGAAUUCCGACAGUGAACGAGAGAGCUACGGAGGGGCGCCGUUUUCCGCAAGAUACGUCCAGAUUCCUCCGACUUUGUCACUCUUACAUCCUCAGAGAAGGGAGUUACACUUCAGCAGAAUCUCUCCCAACAGCACUGCAUUGCCUCAAGCCUCAGUCGAAAAUCACACAGCAAGAAGUUUACAAACAAACUUGGCAAAAAACCAGAGCAAAACAAAUCCAGUUUCAAAUAUUAUCCGUACGGCAAAUACUUUUCGUGAGAGCACCACUCAAAAUAAUAAUAUAGCGGCUACUACUAGUUCAGCAAAAAAUUCUACCAAGAAGAAAAGUUUUAGAAGCUACGAAGAUAAUAUGCGAGAGAGCAUCAAACGGCGAAAUAUGGCAAAGAAGCCAGCUAAUACGUCGAUCGACUACAACUACGAACACUGGAACGACAGGAAGAAGGAUAAGAGUAUGGAUUAUCCGUUCUAUAGCAACGAUUCACCGGUUUCUCUGGCACCAGUUCCCACCGACGUCGCCGCUCUUUUCCCGACAAAUUUCUCAAACGCGACUUUGCUCUCACGUCCUCCGCGGCAGAGCUUUUCUUUCAGGGGGAAGUCGGGUGAUAUUUUCACCAACAAAGGGAUCGAUAUUUUCGAGUUGUUGGCGAGGUGGGAUAAGACAGAUCUUCAGUUCUAUAAUGAAGCCGAUCGGCUGAGAAUCGAUAUAAAGGAUCCUCCAGUUCCCAGGGCGUGCAAGUUGACACCUGGACCACGGCUUGCGGAGAUACUGAAAGCCCGUCGCUGGAAAAAGCACGCCGAAUGCUUCGAGAAAGUUCGCGAGUUAACCCCUUUCGAACUGGAGGGAAACCACAUUCUGUUCACCGUUCGGACGUCGGCAAAGUACCACUCCAAGAGACUGCCCCGGUUGUUUCAUACGUGGCUGGCCAACGUGAACAGAUCAAAUGUGGUGAUCAUCACCGAUGACUUUGACCCAGUGCUACAGUAUAGGACAGCAGAAGCAGGGCUGAAAUAUCUCGUUUCGGUUGCUGGAUAUGACAAAUUGUGUGACAAGGCAGGCGAUGAAAUAUCGCUCAUGUUUCUAGCAGAGAACAGCCACUACGAGUGGUUUUGCCAUGUUGAUGAUGAUGUUUACGUCAACCUCGACAGACUGGUUGACGUUUUGGCAAAUUUCAGACGAGACGAGCCUGUUUAUUUCGGGCGUGCAGGAACAAAACCAGGAGAACCGCGGAGAGUUUUACCAGAGGCGAAGCUAGGGACACCAGGCACUCCCUACCAUUUCGCCGUAGGAGGCAUGUACUGCCUUAGUAGAACCCUUCUAGACAAGGCCAGACGCUGGAUUGGUGGAAGAGAAGCGUUCAGGAGGAUGUGUAAUGUUACAAAUGAACCUGAAGACGUCACCAUCGGAUUUGUAGUAGGUGUACUGUUGGGGUUAGAGUUGAAUCAGACUGGACUUAUCCAUAGUCAUGGCAACGACCUCUACGGCGUGAACCCUGCCUCGCUCAAAUACCAGGCGAGUGCAACGAUGUGGCUAGUUUCAAGUCACUAAGCAGGGUGAACUUAAUGCAGUAUAUAAGGGCUAAAUUUAGAAUGUUACUAAAGAUAGAACAAACCAAUAGGGGCAGUGAAAGAAUGCAAUUAAGUUCCGUUUCUAAAUUUAGCCCUCAUAUACUGCCACAUUCCGUUUAACAGUGAAAUACUUUAGUGGUCUGGCGGAUGAACGUUGUUAUUAAUUCCUCAGAUUGGAACAUCGUAUGGGUAUGGCUCCGUUCAAUGGAGCUCUAGACCCAACAAUGUGGUGACGGUUCCCCAUCGUAUCUUCACUCCCGAGGAGGACCAAUCCCAGUUCCUAUCUCUCCACUGUCACUACCACAGUACCAUUGGCUGGUGCAUCAACAAAAUGCAGUUUCUCCACAAGAAACAUAGACGACCAAUUCGUCCAUAGCCAAUCAUGCACCAUAACACAGCAGGUCUCUUUUUUAGCCGUCACACAAUUAAAAUUUGCAAGUAAAAUACACCGUCCAUUCACAACCAUAAAAAUCACCCA